GAUGCUCCUAUACGCAGCUUCAAUAGCAGAAACAAAAUACCCUUUAGCCCAGCCUGUGAUUGCUCGUGUAGGUCAAUGAUGAAGUGGCAUGGAAAUGAGAUGGGGGACAGGAGGGUUAUAAUCAAAACGGUGAGAUAUGCUUGGAGCUGAUAUUGAACAUAUAGGAUUUGCAGUCUUAGCAGCCGUCAAGUUGACAUGUUUGCACAAGAUUAAAAAGAUAGGACUCUGUGGGCGAAACCAGUAUACGAGAUCCACGAAACCUUACGUAGCACUCCUAGCCGCGCAAGGUAGUAGGCGCGUGAUAGUGGUGGUGGUAAUGGUGGUGAUGGUGGUGGUAAUGGUGGUGGUGGAGGCGACGGCGGCUGGACGGAUUCCGCUUGGGUAAUGUGCAGCACCUUAUGUGAAGUAAGGGUAGGGUAUAAAGAACUUGAAGGCUAGAAACCAUGCACCCAC